AUGAUCUUAAACUGGUUUACUCCUAUUUGCUGUCCGCAAAAAGUAUUAAUACUUCAAUUAUGUGCAGCUGCGGUAGUAACCUUUCGUCCUGAACAUUGCUCUAACGAUACCGAUGUUAUGGAUCAUCUUUUAACUGAAGCUUCGCACCGCCAUAAUCGUCUUAAAUUGCCAUCUAGACCAGUUAUUGUACGAAUCGAAAUGUGGAUUCAAGAAGUAACUUAUGUUUCUGAGCUAACUCAAGAUUUUGAAAUUGAUUUGUAUGUGAAUGAAUUUUGGGAAGAUCCUGCACUUAACUACGAAGUGCUCCUCCCAUGUAACGGCAAUUUAAGCUUUGACCACAGCAUUCAGGAAAGUAUUUGGAUUCCUAACACCUGCUUUAUCAACUCGAAAAAAGCACUUAUCCAUAGCUCGCCAUUCCGGAAUGUUUUUCUUAUGGUCUUUCCUAAUGGCUCGAUAUGGUCAUGUUGGCGCAUUAAGAGCACGGGACCAUGUCAUAUGGAUCUGAGUAACUUUCCAAUGGAUUCUAUAUCGUGUAUGCUAACCUUUGAAUCCUAUAAUUACAACAUUCAGGAAGUACGAAUGAAAUGGAAUGAACCUGAUGUAUUAAUGUUUAAGGAUAUUGAAUUACCAGAUUUCACCUUGGAAUAUGCAGCAGGCUUAUGGGACGAACUUACUGUUUCAUUCACAUUCAAAAGAAGAUAUGGAUGGUACAUCUUGCAAGGAUAUAUUCCAACAUAUUUAACAAUAUUUAUCUCAUGGAUACCAUUUUAUAUGAGUCCACGAGCAAUGCCAGCUCGAACUAUGAUUGGUGUUAAUUCUCUUCUUGCAAUGACAUUUCAAUUUGGAAAUAUUAUACGAAAUUUACCACGAGUAUCAUAUAUUAAGGCAAUUGAUGUAUGGGUUCUAAGUGGAAUGACAUUCAUAUUUGCGUCGUUGAUCGAGCUUGCAAUGGUUGGUUUUAUGAAUCGGCAUGAGGGUCGAGCAGAUACCAAACCGAAUGAUAUGCAGAAAAAAACGAUUAUUUUCAGAGAAAAACGUCCAUUCUGGACAGUGAAAAAUUGGAUUUAUAUUCAAGGACAAGUUUUCCUUGUAAGUUAUUAUGUUACAGAACCAUUAUGCUAA